AUGCAUGUACCCGAUAAGGAGUGGAUGAAUCUUGGACGUCAACAUAGACAUCUGCCUGAAUAUAUUAAAGGGGUUGAUUCGUUUCUAGAUUUUGCUGAGAGUUCGGGUAGAAAAACUGAUAUUGCAUGUCCGUGUAUUAAAUGUGGCAAUAGAAAUUAUGUGGAGAGAGCUAUCGUGAGAAGACACUUAAUUGUACAUGGAAUGAGGGAAGAUUAUAAAUUUUGGGGCUGUCAUGGAGAAAAAAGGCCGCGAAAUGAUAAUAUUUGUGUAGAAGGUUAUAUUGGUGGUGAAAACGAUAAUGAUGUUGAAGAUGUUAAUGAUUUUGAUCAUAAUGAUUUAGAAGAUCAUAGUGAUGUACAAGUUGAUGAUCUAGGUGAUAAUGAUAUACAAGUUGAUAAUGAUGAAGAUGACGAUGUUUGUAUGGAAAAUAUUUUAAGUGAUUUAUUAUAUCCACAUUGCGGCGGUUCCAACAAUUUCUAUAAAGUAUUGAAUGAUUUGAAUGAACCCUUAUACAAAGGAUCAAAAAUUUCAAAAGCAUCUACAUUAUUAAAACUACUUCACCUAAAGAAUGUUGGACAAUGGACAAAUACAUUAUUUGACAUGUUAUUGAAAUUGUUAAAGGAAGAAAUAUUACCGGAAAAUUCUAAUCUUCCAGAUUCAUUUUAUGAGUCUAAAAAAUUUCAUCGGAAUAUCGGUCUUUCUUAUGAGAAAAUUGAUACAUGUAAAUAUAGUUGCAUGCUAUUUUGGAAGGAUGAUAAAGACUUAGAAUGUUGUAAAGUAUGUGGAUAUUCCAGAUGGAAAAUUGACGAAUCUACUCUUGCACCUCGAAAGAAAGUCAAUGGGAAAAAUAUCCCGAAUAAGGUGUUACUUUAUUUCCCACUAACACCAAGGUUGCAAAGGUUAUAUAUGUGUUCAAAAACGGCUCCUUCCAUGAGAUGGCACAAGGAUACUAGAGUUGAUGAUGAAGUUUUGAGGCAUCCGGCUGAUUCUAUUACAUAG